AUGGCUACUCAAAAACGAUUAAAUGAUGCUGCACGUCUGACGCUACCAAAGACCGUGUUUACCCUGAGCAAACUACCAGAUCUAACUAGCGAAGUCGUUCAAGUGAGGCUUGGACACUUUAUUUACGACUACAUUCAGCCUCCCGCACAGGUUGAUCCAUGUCAGAGCAAAAUAGAUGAUUUCUUCUGCAAAAUCCCCAAGACCGAUAAAGCAGACAAUGCCACUGGAAAGGUUGACUCGGCAAGUGAUACGGAAGCCAAGAAGAACGAAGAUAUGUUCCACGUGCAUAAGAACGUUUUGUGUAAAACGUCCGCAUUCUUCCAGGCCGCUACAAAGCAGAAUUCUGUCAUGAAGGUUUCCAUAGACUGCAUAACUACGGGACUCCGCUUCGAUCGUGGAACCUACGCGAUUCAGAAAGCGUACAAAGGCACUAUGGCCGGUGAUCCGAUGCGAAAGCUGCUUUUGGAUUUCUGGAUUUGGACAGCGGAUGAAACUUGGGACGUUUCUGAUAUCAUUGAAGAUGCGGGCAAAGAAUUUACCCAGGAGUUGCUGGCUGCUUUGCUGGCGAAGCGCACACAUCCUGGAUGGUUUGGCAAAAAUAGGCACAUGAGGCCAUGGACUGAUCCUCAAACCCAAGGAGCGUAUUACAUCAAAAUUCCUGAUGGCAAGAAGAGCGUUACUGCAUAG